AUUGCAGCAUUUGAUGGAAAGAAAACCUAUUAGCAUGUCAUAUUGACCUUUGGGAUUGUUUUGAAGCAUGGUAUGUGAGGCACAAUGACACUGGAAGAUUUCUUUUCAAAGACCAAGAUGAAGGAUGGUCUCACAGACCUGUCACGAGUUGAGGAACUAAUCAAUGUAAUGCAGAAGGAGAAACAUAGUGUUGUGAAGAACAUUGGUGAUGGAACCAGGCAGUGGGCUGCUAUUGCAAAUGCUAUUGCUGCUACUGAGAGCAGAGAUUGUCUUGACCUUUUUGUUAAAUUAGAUGGACUAUGGUUUAUUAAUAGGUGGCUGAAGGAUGCUCAAAAGUUUUGCAAUGAGACUAAUGAAAGUGGUGUAGAAGAGUCAAUUACUGCAAUGUUGCAAGCGCUCGAAAAGCUACAUAUUGACAAUGAGCGUUCUAUUUCUUCUGGGAUCUGGAUUACUGUCAAGAGUCUUCUUGACCACGGUAGCUCUCAGGUUCAGGAUAGAGCCAGAGCACUAUUUGAUAGCUGGAAGAAGGGUAGAGUUAGUGAUGCAGUUGACCAUGAUGUUGAUAGUGUUGGGCCUUGUCAUACUGAGGGGGUUGCAGUCAGUUCAGUGGAUGUUGAAGAAAGUAGUCAGUCAAAAUGUUCCGCAUUAGAUGUUCCUACUGAAGCUAGUUUUAAAGAAGAAAAUAGUGGAGCAGAAAUUUCGCCAUCAAAUUCAGAAAGUCUUAGACAGGAAAAGGCAGAAGAGGUUCAGACCCAAACCCAGAAUAAUGAGCAACAUUCUCUCGUAAGUUUGGACCAAACUAACAUCGAGGAUAAACCUCCAGAUCAUCUGACCUCAUCUGUCUUGUCAAACAAUUCAGUUCUAGAAGGUACUUUAAUCACAGAGAAAUCCCCAAUAAGUACAGUUGAAGGGAUUUCGUGCAUUGAGAUUUGUAGUUCUCCAGUUCCAAAACAAAGCCAUGAUGAAGAGCAGUUGGAUGAUCUGAAGAUGAAUGAGUUCACUAAUGAUGAAAAGCAGACCCAAAAGGUGAGCAGCUUCUCAGACAAAUUCCGUGUGACGGUGGGUGCCUCUACUUCUAAUUUAGUGGACUCUAGAACUGUUUCCUCUGGUGCGGAUGUCGCAAAUGCUCGUGAGAUUGUGACAGAAUCCGCUCUAGAAAACAAUUUUGACAACAAAGAGGAUGAAUUACAUAUAAAAGCUACUGCACUCAGUGAUGUGAGAACGCUUGUAUCCGAGCUUAAUAGUGGGAGAGAUGAUAUGCCUGCUGCAAAUAGUUACAGUAGACAGUUGUUGAAGACAACAGGUGAAGAUGAUGAAUGUCAUUCUGAUGCGAUGCAGGAUUCAUCGGGUAAUGAGUGUAUAUAUGGAAAACACAAGGAUUUAGAGACUUCUUUUUCAAGAAUAAAAGGAAUUGGUGCAAUUGAUGAUGAUAAGGAGCAUACUAGUGAUGAAGGUUCUGAUUCAAGAAAUGAUUGUGAUUUUUCGAAAACGUCAAUGGGUAGCCGGAGUCCUGAGGUGAAUAAUCAACGGAAAUCUGAUAUUGAACUUGAGUAUGGCAUAGUUGAUGCCUUAGCAGUUGCCCGAAAAGUUGCUCAGGAAGUGGAAAGAGAAGUUGUAGACUAUAGAGAUCGGUCGUUCAGUUCUUCUGAGAAAAUUUCAGAUGGUGGCUUUAGACGGCCAGAUAGCCCAGAUUCUAUAAAUGGAAAGCAGGAUCUAAUUAACGAGGUCCCACCAAAUGAGGUGCCAACUGGACAAAAUUAUUCUGCUGGGGCAUAUCCUGAGGGUGAGGGCCAUGUAAUUAAUUCAGAUAAUGUUGGAACUGAACGAGAAAAUGGUAUAGCUGACAUGGAGUCCUCUCAGGUGACUGAAGCUGCUCAUGAACCAGAAGUUAAAGCCCUUUGUGAUUUUGAUCUGAAUCAAGAGGUCUGUUCAGAUGAUAUGGAACGUCUAGUUAAUCCUGUGUCGACCCCUGUUUCUGUGGUUUCAGCUUCUAGACCAGUAGCAGCACCUGGGUUGCCUGCGGCCCCUCUGCAGUUUGAAGGGACUCUUGGAUGGAAAGGAACUGCUGCUACUAGUGCUUUUCGUCGUGCAUCCCCUCGAAGAGUCUCUGACUCUGAGAAAACAUCUCUCACUAUUGGGGGAAUCAGCAACAGUUCAAAACAGAGGCCAGAUUGCCUCGAAAUUGAUCUGAAUGUGGCUGAGUGUGGAGAUGAUAAACUUGUUGAUGUAGUUGCAGAGAAACAGAUUCCACUUCCAGUUUCAUCUGGUCUCCAUUCUGCAGAAUCUUCGUUGGAUGUGAGUCCAAGAAGAUCAGAGAGAUUGAAGCUGGAUUUAAAUCGUAUCAGUGAUGAUAGUGAUGCUCCACCUACAGAUCUGAGGAUGGAUGGACGGUUCCAUUACAACCGGAAUGGCCAUCGCAGUCCAUCUCCUGCAUCCUCAUCGUCAUCCAUGCAACCGCCUUCCCUGAGGAACAUUGACUUGAAUGACAGACCAUAUUUGCAGAAUGAUUUUUCAGAUCAAGGACUCUAUCAUGGUAAAUUUCCCCAAAAUGUGAGUGCUUUUGGGGCAGUGUCUAAAUCAGAUGAGCCUGUUAUAUCUCUCAUGGGAACCAGAGUGGAAGUCAAUAGGAAGGGUUUUGUUCCUCAGGCUGCACCCUUGUCAAAUGGAAAGGCACUUGAAAAUGCCAUGGAUACUAAUAUGGCAAGGACUGGAAGUGUUUUGGCAUUGGGUCCUACAGUGUCUUACACACAUUCCCCUGUUUUGGGAUACAAUGGAUUUGCAGCUGCAACCACAUUGUCUUACUCUUCGCCCAUGUAUGGACCAGCAAGCUCAAUUCCUUAUAUGGUGGAUUCAAGAGGAGCCCCUGUUGUGCCCCAGAUUGUGGGUUCUGCAGCAGCUGUUCCGCCAUCUUAUUCCCAAUCGCCAUUCAUGAUGAGCCCGAGCAGUGGACCUUCUGGAUUAAAUGGGGCAGGGCCUUCACGGCCUAACUUUGAUCUGAAUUCUGGUUUUCCAGUUGAGGGAGGAAAUAGGGACUCGCUUGGUCUGAGACAGCUUUUCAUGCCUGGUCAAGGCCGUUCAAUGGAGGAGCAUUUAAGGGUAGGCUCGCAACCGUCGUCAAGUUCUGGGGUUGGUGGGAAAAGGAAGGAACCUGAUAGUGGGUGGGAAGCGUACCCAUAUAAUUAUAGAAAUCAGCAGCAGCCUCCAUGGAAAUAGGAAGUUAAUAUUUAUCAUUGCUCCUUCCUCCCUUGGCAAUCAAUCAUAAAGCCAAUCAAGCUGAUUGAUGCUCGCAUUGCCAAGGUAAUUGAGAAGAGUGAGUAAGCCCAUUGGCUUUGACGGGACGGGAGGGGAAUUAGAACUGAAUAAAAGGUGGGGAUUAUGAAUGUAAUAUAGUUGGUGAGAUUAAUUGCUGAAGGAAAGAAUUAGGUUUUAAUUAAUUGUUUUUUAACUUUGGUUUAUUUUCUAAUUUUUCAUUUCUGUGUUUUAUAGAAGGCCAUUGCAAACAUAGAAGGCAUGGUACAUGAUGUAGCUGUAACUUCUCCCAUAUAUAUCACAGAAAUUUUAAA